AUGAGAGGAGAUGCGAGCCAUGGUGAGGCGGGAGUGGUGCGACCAUGGUGUUCUUACCUUCUCCCCGCUCUCUCCCCGUCCGCCGCCGUUCCUCGCCGUGCGCGGCACAACCCCCCAGCAUCGGCGCCCGUAUCGUCAGGGUCGCACGAGGGGUUACCGUGCGACGCAGGCGACGCGUCGCGCGCGGGGCACGCGACGCCGGCGGGAGUCGCAGGGGGCGCGGAGGCGGCGCCGCUGAUCCCGGGGCUGCCGGACGACCUGGCGACGGAGUGCCUGCUGCGCCUGCCGCGCCAGGAGCACCGCGCCAUGCGCCGCGUCUCACGGCGCUGGAACCAACUCAUUCAGAGUAUUCCUGCCAUGCCUCAUCACCAUGCCUCAUCACCAUGCCUCAUCACCAUGCCUCAUCACCAUGCCUCAUCACCAUGCCUCAUCACCAUGCCUCAUCACCAUGCCUCAUCACCAUGCCUCAUCACCAUGCCUCAUCACCAUGCCUCAUCACCAUGCCUCAUCACCAUGCCUCAUCACCAUGCCUCAUCACCAUGCCUCAUCACCAUGCCUCAUCGCCAUGCCUCAUCGCCAUGCCUCAUCACCAUGCCUCAUCACCAUGCCUCAUCACCAUGCCUCAUCGCCAUGCCUCAUCGCCAUGCCUCAUCACCAUGCCUCAUCACCAUGCCUCAUCACCAUGCCUCAUCCCCAUGCCUCAUCACCAUGCCUCAUCACCAUGCCUCAUCACCAUGCCUCAUCACCAUGCCGCCUGCUUCCUCGUGCCCCAAUGCUCAUCACCACGCCCUCCCUUGUUCCCCUUCCUUCAUCUCCCUUUCCGCCCCUUUCCCUCCCUCCACAGUCCCCCCUGUACGACGACAUGAGGCGCAGUCCCCCCUGUACUACGAGAUGAGGCGGCACAGGGGGGUGCAGGAGGGGUGGGUGUAUGUGCUAUCCCGGGACAGCUCGGACCGUCUGUGGUGGCACGCGCUGGACGUGCGCUCUGCCACGUGGCACGACGUCCCCCGCAUGCCCUCCCUCUGCUCGCGCGCCUACGGCCUCGCCUGCGCCGCCUGCCAGGGCAACCUCUAUGUGAUUGGUGGCGCGGGGUGGCUCAAGCCCAGCCGUUCACAUGUGUACAACCCCCCUGCCAACAAGUGGGUGCGAGUGGCGGACAUGGCCUUCCCCCGCUGCUACUGCAUGGCCGGUGCCGUGCGGCUCGAGAGGAACGACAAGGGCGGGGAGCAGGGUGCAGCGUGGCUCAGGGGGGAGGCGCACGGGGGGAAGGAGGCGCACGGGGGGAAGGAGGCUGGCGACAGACUGGGGGAUGGCGGGUGGGAGAGGACAGCAAGGGAACAGGGGGGUGGGAGGGAGAGGGAGAGAGGGAUUGGGAGGGAGAGGGAGAGGGAAAGGGAGAGAAUACGGGAUGGAGGGGGAGCGAGAGAGGGAGAAAGUGUGGGUGAGGGGGGAAGGGAUGACGAGAGGAGCAGAGUGGAGGAAAGUGAAAAGGCUGGAGAGAAAGGAGGGGUUGAAUCGAGCAGUGGAGGGAAGGAGGGGGGUAGCAGCAGGGAGCCAAGAGUGGGAAAGUUGAGAGGGGCAGCGGGAGGGAGCAGCAGGGAGGUGCAGGUGUGUGAGGCGGCAGGGACGUGGGCGAGUGAGCGGCUGGUGGUGGCGGGCGGCAUGGGGGCCAGCAACACGUCCCUGCUGACGUCCGUUGAGGUGUACCACCCGCAGGAGGAUAGGUGGACCAGUGCUGCCCCACUGCCCUUUGAGUGCGAUCUGGAGGAUGCAGCAGUGGUGGCCAACCGCCUGCUGCUGCGUCACAUGCGCUGCGUGCACUCCCCCCCCGGCCCCGACGCUGUCGCCUUCUCCCUCUCCUCCAACUCCUGGUCCUCGCUUUCUGGGAACCUUCCCUCCGCCUGGCACGGCCCGUCCACGGUGCUGGACGGUCGGAUGUACAUGCUGGAUCAGAUCGGAGGGAUCCGAUUAGCAGUGUACGAUGACGUGGCGCAGAUGUGGCGCCCGAUUGGCCGGCUGUCCCCGGCGCUGCUGACGCCGCCGUGCCGGAUAUUAGGGUUUUGCGGGCGGCUGUACGUGAUAGGGCGGGGGCUGUCUAUGGUGGUGGUGGAGGUGGAGGAGGCGCUGCGGUGCGACGGGGUGCUGCUCACUCGCCGCAUUGAUGGCGUCGGUUGCCCCUCCGAUGUCGUCGUCAGCUGCGUUGUUCUCGAGCUCUGA